CGCGCACGCGGACACCUGUCCUAUAAUAUAUAGCGAGUAAUUCGUGAAGGGGAACAACGGGUGGUAAAUACUGAGUCUUUCUCCAAUGGAAGAAGAAUAUUACGGAACGGCUGGAGAUUGGGAUGGCCCAGAUGGUGGCAUGGAGGACGGCUAUGUGGAAGGGGAGUCCGACUGCAAAAUACAGGAAGAAUGUCUGCAGAAGUUCUCCUCCAGGGACUACAUCAUGGAGCCCGCCGUUUUCAAUACGCUCAAAACGUAUUUCCAAGCAGGUGGUUCCCCAGAGCACGUUAUUCAACUCUUGUCUGAAAACUACUCUGCUGUGGCACAGACUGUUAACCUUCUUGCCGAGUGGCUAAUUCAGAUGGGUGUUGAGCCAGCACAGGUACAAGAGCGUGUAGAGAAUCACCUGAAGAGUCUUCUGAUCAAGCACUUUGACCCUCAGAAAGCUGACUCCAUCUUCACUGUGGAAGGAGAGACUCCAGCCUGGCUGGAACAGAUGAUUGCCCACACCACGUGGAGAGACCUUUUCUAUAAGCUGGCCGAGGCCCAUCCUGACUGCCUUAUGCUCAAUUUUACUGUAAAGCUCAUUUCAGAUGCAGGCUACCAAGGUGAGAUCACCAGUGUAUCCACUGCAUGCCAGCAGCUAGAGGUGUUUUCCCGCGUGCUGCGGACCUCCUUGGCUACGCUGUUAGAUGGUGGGGAGGAUAAUCUGGAGAAGAACCUUCCGGAGUUUGCUAAGAUGGUGUGCCACGGAGAGCACACAUACCUGUUUGCUCAAGCUAUGAUGUCCAUUCUAUCCCAGGAAGAGCAGGGAGGCUCUGCUAUGCGUAGGAUUGCUCAGGAGGUGCAGAAGUACGCUCAUCAGAGGGGCCAUGAUGCCAGUCAGAUCACUUUGGCCCUGGGCACAGCAGCAGCGUACCCUCGUGCAUGCCAGGCCCUGGGGGCUAUGCUUUCCAAAGGAGCACUGAACCCUGCUGACAUCACCGUGCUGUUCAAGAUGUUCAGCAGUAUGGAUCCUCCCCCCGUGGAGCUUAUACGAGUACCUGCCUUUCUGGACCUCUUUAUGCAGUCUCUGUUCAAGCCAGGAGCCAAGAUCAACCAGGACCACAAACACAAGUAUAUUCACAUCCUGGCAUAUGCUGCUAGUGUGGUUGAGACCUGGAAGAAGAACAAACGAGUGAACAUUAAUAAGGAUGAGCUCAAGUCCACCUCUAAGGCUGUGGAGACGGUGCACAAUCUGUGCUGCAAUGAGAACAAGGGAGCCACAGAGCUGGUGGCUGAGCUCAGCACACUGUACCAGUGCAUCCGUUUCCCGGUUGUGGCCAUGGGCGUACUGAAAUGGGUGGACUGGACAGUGUCAGAACCCCGCUACUUCCAGCUACAGACUGACCACACUCCUGUGCAUCUGGCACUGCUGGAUGAGAUCAGCACCUGCCACCAGCUCCUGCACCCUCAAGUGCUGCAGCUACUCGUCAAGCUGUUUGAGACGGAGCAUUCCCAGCUCGAUGUCAUGGAGCAGCUCGAACUGAAGAAGACCCUGCUGGACCGCAUGGUCCACCUGCUCAGCAGAGGUUGUGUGCUGCCAGUGGUCAGCUACAUCCGCAAGUGCCUGGAAAAGCUCAACACUGACAUUUCACUCAUCCGCUACUUUGUCACAGAGGUGCUGGAUGUGAUCGCACCUCCUUACACGUCGGACUUUGUGCAGCUAUUUCUGCCCAUCCUGGAGAACGACAGCAUUGCUGGCACCAUCCGUACAGAGGGGGAGCACGACCCUGUCGCCGAGUUCAUUGCUCACUGCAAAUCCAACUUCAUCAUGAUGAACUGAAGUGUUUGCGCUAAACAGCAGUGGAUGGCCAGGUGCACAGGAGUGCUACUGCGUCCUGGAUGGCUCUGAAGGACAAGUGUGACACCAGUUAGCCAGCUGGUCCUGGACUGGUCUCUUUCCAGGAGCUAGCGAGUAUAAGGGCAUCCUCUUGUUGGUUUGUAUAUAUAGACUUUUACUUGAAGGUACAACAUGUUAAACUUGUCUUGACACCAAGGUGAGAAUAGGGAGGGGGGGGAAUGUAGACACUGUGUUUCUUCAAGGUAGUCUGGUACUGCACAGAGAUUGAUUAUGAAGACAUUAACAUGUGAGUUGUAUCAGUUUUUUCCUUCCUUUUUACAAGUUUAUGAUCUUAUAAAUUCAAAGUUAAAGGUUUUUCAAAGUAUGUAAAUUGUGCUUUUCUUUUACUACUGUGGAAGAACUGAAGGUCCAGAUAAAUCUAGACCUAUGCCCCAUUAAAUGUUUUUGUGUACAAAGCCUCAUCUGUCCCAUUCACUUCUGAGUAGAGAGAAUUUUCUUAUCCGUGUUAGCAGCAUGUGUAUAAAUACAAGCAGAAAGUCAAGGCAACUCUUUCUUUAAAAUAUUGCACUAGGAUCAUGCAUACACUUAGUGAAGCUUACACAUUUUAUUUAAAGAAAAUAUAAGGCACAUAAAACUAAACGUAGCAGCCGGCCUCAGAGGGUUUCCUCCAA